AUGGAAUCUUUGCAGAAACUCUCCGAAGCCAUAAGUCUUGGCAAAGAGAAGAGAGAGGGUAUGCAGAGCGCGGUGGGCUUGGUGGUGCUUGAAUGGCAGGAUGCCGAAGGCCAGCUUGAACAGCUGCGGGGUAUUAUCCGUGGAUGUCUCGGUGAACUUGAGUCGAAAGAGAAACAUUUGAGGGGUGUUGAAGAAUCUGUUAGAAAGAGUUUUUGUGAAGAUUUUGAUUCCAGGAGAAAAAAGUUGAUUGAGGCGGGUUUUAGAAGAUUGGAUGGGAAAGCUCUGUCUCUGAAAGGGGUUUUGAGAAAAAUAGAAAUAGAGAAAAUGGGAUUUGGAGAAAUGGAGGAAACUAUAGCUAAAAAGAUGAAGGAUCUUCUUCUGAUAGAGGAGAAAAUUCGGGGUGCCCUUGGUGUUAAACAGAGUCAAGCAGAGGUAUUGCAAAUGGAGCUUGAUUUGAUGGAGGAAAAUUUGAGGAGAAGGGAAGAUGAGAAUGCUUCAAAAGAGAAAAACUUUAUCAUCAGGGAAAAUAAGGUUUAUGCAGCCGAACGAACUCUGCAGAGAAGGCAAAUUGAUGUUGUCACAGGAGAGGAAAAAUUGAAGAGAAGGUCAAAUGAGCUUGAUUCCAGAGAGAGGAUUUUAGUGGCAAGAGAAAAAGAGGUUCUUUCUCAACAGAAACUUCUGGAGGAGAGGACUAAUCAGGUUGAUUCAAAGGAGAAGGAUUCGGAGAUGAGGGAAAAUGUACUGCAUUCUGAAGCUGAAAUAUUGAGGAUGAGGGAAAAUGGAAUCAAGUUGAGAGAAGAAAAGCUGGUGAAUCUAACAAAACAACUUGAAGCGAAGACGGUGAUGUUGGAGAGCUUAAAGUUCGAACUUUUCUCGCUUAAGAAUUCCUUAGAACAGUCCACACCAGAAGCAGACCCUGUGAGUCCAACCAAUAAGAGUGCAGUUGUGAGGAGGGUGGGAGGAAAGAGAGAUAGUCCUGAUGACCAAGAAAAAAACUCAGACGAAAAUCACAGCAAGCAUGCUAAAAGAAGCAGUUCCAUUCUUGAUGAACAAAUGAGGCAAAAUAAGGCUCCUGAUCUUCAAAAUUCAGGUACACAUUGUAAGUCACAAGCACAGAUCACUGGUGAAGAUGUCAUACUUCAUGAUGUCCUGGUGUUUGAUUCGGGUUCGAUUAGUAAAUUAGCUUCCAGCACUGCUGUGUAUCCAACUAGCUUUACUAGUGCUGAGAAGGGAAAACUAGCAGUAGCAAGAAGCUUCAGCACUGGAGAAAUCUGGGCGUGUUUUGAUGUAUACGAUUAUAUGCCAAGAUCAUAUGCCCAAAUCAUUAAUGUUUUUGUCAAAGGUGGAGAAAUUAGGCUUGAGGUUGAAUGGCUGAAACCUUGUCCAACCAAUAAUUAUGAGACGGAUUGGAUCAGGGCAGGCUUGCCGGUUGCUUGUGGGGAAUUUGAAUGUGGAGGAAGAAGUGUUGAGUUUUCUGAAAUUUUCUCUCAUCCAAUUGUAUGCUCCGGAAGUCAUCCCCACAGCAUAAUUCCCGGUAAUGGAGAAACUUGGGCCAUCUAUAAGGAUUGGAAUAUCACAACAUGGGCAUCUGAUUCAAAACUUCAUAAACAGUGCAGUUAUGAGAUUGUGGAGAUUCAGUCAUAUCCUCAGGAUGGAUCUUCAUCUUCAGGCAUUAGAGUUGUUUAUUUGGACAGAAUCCCAGGAUCUUCCUCCUCAAGGAUAAUAGGAGCUUUCCGGUUUGAGUAUUCUGUAAAAUCUCUGUAUCUCACUAUCCCUGUUCCCCUUUCUUCACCAUCUUCACUCUAUCCAACUUGUGCUUUCUUGGUUGAUCGAUCUUCCAUAGUCAGUGGCAAAGGUUCUAUCUUUCUUCAGAUUGCAUUUUGCUGGAAGCCUGGAACUGGUCUAUCAUGGGAUUCUUCCUUCAUUCGAUUGAGAGCUGAGAAUGUUAGACUGUUUGAAGUAAAACCCCGCAGCCUUACUUGUGAAAAUCAACGGUCCCUGAAACUAAAAAACAGGGAUAUGGGUUCUUUGGAGAAGUUGUCCAAAGUUUUAGGGCUCUUUGAAGAAACGAAAGAGAGGAUAAAGCAAAGGAUGAAAGUGGUGGCGUUUGAAUGUGAUGAGGUUGAAGACCAUUACAAAGGUGUUCACCAGUUUUCACGGGAGUGUGUCGAUGAAAUCGAUUCCAGAGAGAAAAAUUUGAGGAGCAGAGAAGAUGACAUUGCUGCAAAGGAGAAGAAUCUGAACCUGAGGGUUGAAAAAGUUGAUGAAAUGGAGCGAAAUCUGGAGAGAAAGCAACAGGACAUCGAUUCGGAAGAGAAAAGGAGAAAAGAUGAAAUUGAUGCAGAGGAGAAGAAUUUGGACUUGAGGGUAAACAAAGUUGAUGAAAUGGAACGAAAUGUGGAGAGAAGGCGACACGAAAUCGAUUCAGAAGAGAAAAGAAAUUUAAGUGAACUUGAUUCCAGAAUGAAGAAUUUGGUGGAGAAAGAAAAGGAGCUAGGCGCCGAAAAAAAGAAGCUGAUUUCCGAGCAAAAAUUGCUGGAGGAGAGGAGUUUCCAGGUUGACUGGAAAGAAAAGCAUUUGGAGAACAGGGAAAUGGAACUAAAUUCGGAAGCUGGAAACAUGAACAAAAGGGAGAAUGAGCUCGACGAGAGAGAUGAAAAACUGAUGAAUUUUGCAAAGAAGCUUGAAGUUAAGGAAGGGAUUUUGGACAUCAAGUCUGAGCUUCUUUCUGUUAAGAAUUUUGUGGUACAGUUCUUUCGACAAUUGAACAAUGCAGUAAGUCCAACUAAGCCAGCAGAUUUAACGACGGUCGGGAGGAAAAAAAUUAGUCCUGGUGAUGAACAGAGAAACCUGGAGAAAGAAAGAAGUUCUAUCCAUGAGAAAAGCACAAGCCAAAUCAAAGCUAAUGAUCCAGGUAUAUAUAACAAGUCAGGAAUACCUGUGCCUGAAGAUGUAAUAGAUAUUGAUCCUGAACCAGAUAUAGAGUUAGUAGGUAAUUUAGCUUCAAAAUCUGCCGGCGAUCCUAGUUUUAGUCGUGUUGAGAAAGGAAAACAAACAAGAAAUUUCAAUGUUGGAGAAACUUGGACAUGUUUGGAUGCUGAGGAUCAUAUGCCAAGAACUUACGCCCGAAUCACUGAUGUUAUAAAUAGAGGUGGAGAAAUCAUGCUCCGCGUUGCGUGGUUGAAACCUUGUCCAAGAGAAACUUGGGUCAUCUACAAGGACUGGGAAAUUAUGGAAUGGGUUUCUAAUACACAAAUUUAUAGACAUUACGACUAUGAAAUUGUGGAGAUUUUGCCAUCUCCUCCCAAAGAGUCCUCAUUUUCGGGAGUCACUGUUGCCUACUUGGACAGAAUCACGGAAUCUGGCAAGUUUAAGCGACGAAGCAAGAACAAUGAGGAUUCAUUCAUCAUAAAGCCUAAUUGUUUAUACAGAUUCUCACAUAAAGCGCCCUCCAUGAAGAUAAUCUGCAUUGGUGAAGAUGAUAUUCUUGACACUGUUUUCGAACUUGACCAGAAUUGCUUACCUCUUCGGCUCCAUUAA